ACAAAUAAAUGAAAGUUUUUUUCUUUGGUAAAAUACCAAAUUGUACACAUUUGCGUGAGUUGAUAAUUUUUGCCCAUUUUUGUGUUUUUUUCUCACUCCGGUAUAAUCACAUACUUCCACUGCAACUACUGCUCAAACCUCAUCCUCGGUGCAGUACAGCUUUUGUCUAGCGAAAAACACACUACACUCCACUCUUCUUGCUUCAUAAACCUCUGCAAUUUUUUUACAUUUCAGAGUUACAUAAUAGAGAGAUUUUGAUUUUGAUGUCGAAACCCUUUGAGGAGCAUGAUUACAUAGGCUUAUCCCGGGCCUCUUCUUCAAUGGAGAGCUCUGAAAAGGCCUGUGCUUCAUCACUUGGAAGAGAAAUGAGUGGCAAAGAUUUGAACUUUAAGGCCACUGAGCUUAGAUUGGGGUUGCCUGGUUCGGAGUCCCCAGAUAGGGGUUUUGAGGGUUUCAGGGUUUUGGCUUCUGGGGCCAAAAGGGGGUUCUCGCACACCAUUAAUGGCGGUUCUGGGACGAGGGCUUUCGCUGGAUCUGAGAAUAGCAGACACCUUACUGAUGUGGCUUCAGCUGUUGUGAAAGAAGAGAAGAAGUCUCAGGUUUCCCCUGCUGCAAAGGCUCAGGUGGUUGGGUGGCCCCCGAUUCGGUCUUUUCGAAAGAAUUCGAUGACUGCUAUUCCUCCAAAGAAGGAAGAAGAAAAGUCCCAUGGAAAGCCGGGAUCAAGCUGUCUCUAUGUCAAAGUCAGCAUGGAUGGUGCACCUUACUUGAGGAAAAUUGACCUCAAGAACUAUGGCAGCUAUAAGGAUCUCUCUUUGGCUCUGAAAAACAUGUUCAGCUGCUUUACAUUCGAAUGUGUUCUUACCUUUGAGGACAAGGAUGGCGAUUGGAUGCUCGUCGGUGAUCUCCCAUGGGAACUGUUUGUCAAUGCUUGCAAGCGACUAAGGAUCGUGAGAAGUUCUGAUACAACAACUGGUCUAGCAGCUCCGCGGGUGAUGGAGAGAAGUGCAUAAGGCACUAAACACGCACUUCUCUCGCAGCAAGAGGAUCCAUUUUCUCCUCUCGUCUGUCUUAUGACAUGUUACGUGUUAUCGUUAUUCUAUCAACUUAGCAGCGAGAGGAUCCAUUAUAUGUUCCAUCUUGUAGGGGUAGUAAACUGAAUGCUGGUUUGGUAUCCACAGUUAUUUAUUAUUCCAAUGUGUUAUUCUUGCUUUGAUAUGUAUAAGCUUGCACUUCUAUAUCAUUGCAUUGUUUUUAUUACACAUUGUUAUAUGAGGCUACUUCUUUUGACACUGGAUGCAGUCUGUAACGGUCCUUGAUAUCACUGGAACCUAUCACGAAUUGUUCUUAGAAUCAAUUGCUACCAUUAUA